AUGUCAUAUGCUUGGCGGUGUGUCGCAUUAUUGAGUGUUACAUUUUUCGCAGAGUCGGUCAAGGCCGAUAGUGUAAAUGAUAAUAAUCGGACGCUUGGAAAUGUCAUUGACUUCAGCCAGUGGCUUGGACUGGACUAUGGUGACCCGGAACCAAAAUUGUUGAAAUUGUACGAUUUCAUUGUGGUUGGAGCGGGUCCUGCCGGGAUAGUGGUCGCAAAUCGAUUGAGUGAAAAUCCAUCGGUUACGGUGUUACUUUUAGAAAUUGGUAAAGCGGAAAUUCCAUUGGUUCAACAAAUUCCGGGAAUAUUCUUCGCUCAAGCAGCGACGGAUUACAAUUUUGCCUAUGUGACUGAGAGGCAGAAGAAAGCAUGUCUAGGACUCGUGGAUCAACGUUGUGCGUGGCAUCAAGGGCGGGGUCUAGGUGGAUCGACGAUAAUUAAUGAUAUGCUGUACACUCGUGGAAAUCGGAGGGAUUUUGAUUAUUGGAAUGCAACAGGAAAUCCUGGAUGGAGUUAUGAAGACGUACUUCCGUAUUUCAUUAAAUCAGAAGAUGCGAACAUUCGUGAUUUUGAUAGCAACGGAUUCCAUGGAAAAGAGGGGUACCUACCGGUGGAAGAUGCUACCUACAGAACCCCGAUUGUGAAGGCACUAGUGAAAAGUUCUCAGUUAGUUGGACUUCCGUAUAUUGAUUACAACGGGCCAAACCAGUUUGGUGCAUCUUACGCUCAAUUUACGAUGAAACGAGGUAGAAGAAUGUCAGCAGGAGCAGCAUUCCUGCAACCAAUCAAUAGACGGAAAAAUUUACACGUGCUAACGAAAGCGUGGGUUACUAAAAUUUUAUUCAACAAAAAAUCCAAAGAAGCAGUGGGUGUUUUAUACACCAGAAAUCAAAGUGUUCGUACAGCAAAAGCCAAACGGGAAGUGAUUCUGUCAGGGGGAACUUUCGGUAGUGCAAAACUGUUGAUGCUGUCCGGAGUAGGGCCUAAAAAUCAUCUCGAACGGCUAAAAAUAAAAGUAGUCAAUAAUCUUCCCGUUGGAGAAGAACUCUACGAUCAUCCUGCUGUGCUAGGACCAGUAUUCAUAGCGACAAAUUUGAAUGACCAGCUGAAAAACGCAGAAUCUUUGAUAUCUUUACCUAACAUGUUGAAAUACUCCAUGGGAAAGGGCCCUCUCUCUUCUGCUAUCGCUGAAGGGUUUGUGUACUUCAGAACUCCAGUUGCAAUCUAUCCUGACCCAGAAUGGCCGGAUGUGGAGCUAGUUCAACUGAUAUCCACGCCCGGUGACGAUUACACUCCCGCAACUCGAAGAUACUUCAGACUCAACAACGAAACCUUGGAAAAUUACUUCAAACCCUUGUACAACAAGCGAGCCUUCAUGUACCUUUCUAUCCUAAUGCACUCGACGACAAAAGGCUCACUAAAACUGAAAUCGAAAAAUCCGUACGAUCAUCCACUGUUCAAAUAUCAAUACUUUGAAGACGAUCACGAUCUGCAGGCCCUGGUGUAUGCAAUGAAAGGGGCAAUGAAAAUCACUAGCCAGAAACCCUUCCGUGACUUGGGUGUGAAGCCAUACAAAGCGAAAGUUCCGGGUUGUCAGCACUUUUCGUUCAACACCGACGAGUACUGGCGCUGCUACGCCAUGACCCUGACCUACGUGGGGUAUCACUUUGUCGGCACGUGUAAAAUGGGACCAAUGUCGGAACGCUCAUCAGUCGUGGAUCAUCGAUUGCGGGUUCACGGGAUUCGACGGUUGCGGGUAGUUGAUGUUAGCGUUAUCCCGGUGGCUCCCAGUGGACACACUUCAGCGUACGCUUACAUGAUCGGCGAGAAGGCGGCUGAUAUGAUCAAACAGGAUAACUAUUUGAUGUAA